GAAGAGAGCGAAAGGAGCGCGCGCGACACCGCGUCAGGUUUGAAAUGUGGGACACGGUUACCUUCUGAACGGACACCGCCAUUGAACCCGGGAGCGCGCCGCUCGUGACUGGAAAGCAUCUCGAGGCGCGGUCUACCCUGAGUGUGUCUCGGCGCCGGGAGGCGCUCGGUUUCCUGGGGAUGGCGGAACGCUGGUUGUGCGGCGGCCCUGACAUGUAGAGCGGCCGCCUGCCGCGGUCCAUUGAUGAAACGGGAGUGCCGGUUUUUACCUCUCCCUCCUUCCUUGGGUGUCACCGCCAUAGGAUUGCUGUGUUCAUUCACCUAGGAUUUUACAAUCUCUGCCGGACUUCCUUUUUACAUUUUUUUUUUUUGCUUGUCUUUUGUGGUUUUAAAUCAAGCCCCUCAGGACCAUGGCCGACGACGACGUGCUGUUUGAGGAUGUGUAUGAGCUGUGUGAGGUGAUUGGGAAGGGUCCAUUCAGUGUCGUACGAAGAUGUAUCAACCGAGAUACUGGACAGCAGUUCGCUGUGAAAAUUGUGGAUGUUGCAAAGUUCACUUCAAGCCCGGGUUUAAGCACAGAAGAUUUGAAGAGAGAAGCGAGUAUAUGUCACAUGCUAAAACAUCCACACAUUGUCGAGCUCCUGGAGACGUACAGCUCAGAUGGAAUGCUCUACAUGGUCUUCGAAUUUAUGGAUGGAGCCGACCUGUGUUUUGAGAUUGUGAAGAGAGCAGACGCUGGUUUUGUCUACAGUGAAGCGGUUGCCAGUCACUACAUGCGCCAGAUUCUUGAAGCCCUGAGGUACUGCCAUGAUAACAACAUCAUUCACAGAGAUGUAAAGCCACACUGUGUGCUCCUAGCUUCAAAAGAGAACUCUGCGCCAGUCAAGCUUGGAGGUUUUGGGGUCGCAAUACAGUUAGGAGAAUCGGGGUUAGUAGCUGGAGGUCGCGUAGGAACGCCGCACUUUAUGGCUCCAGAGGUGGUAAAGCGAGAGCCCUAUGGGAAGCCAGUAGAUGUCUGGGGAUGUGGAGUGAUCCUUUUCAUCCUGUUAAGUGGCUGUUUACCUUUCUAUGGCACAAAGGAGCGGUUGUUUGAAGGAAUCAUUAAAGGGAAAUACAAGAUGAAUCCUCGGCAGUGGAGCCAUAUAUCAGAAAGUGCUAAAGACUUGGUACGCCGCAUGCUUAUGCUGGACCCUGCAGAAAGAAUAACGGUCUAUGAAGCAUUGAAUCACCCCUGGCUGAAGGAAAGAGAUCGCUAUGCAUACAAGAUUCACCUGCCUGAGACCGUAGAACAGCUGAGGAAAUUUAAUGCGAGGAGGAAAUUAAAGGGAGCAGUUUUAGCUGCUGUUUCUAGCCACAAAUUCAAUUCUUUCUAUGGGGAUCCUCCUGAAGAAUUACCCGACUUUUCAGAAGACCCAACUUCAUCAGGACUUCUAGCUGCAGAAAGAGCAGUUUCGCAAGUACUGGAUAGCCUGGAGGAGAUCCAUGCGCUCACAGACUGCAGUGAGAAAGACCUUGAUUUCCUACAUAGUGUUUUUCAGGAUCAGCACUUGCACACGCUACUAGACCUUUAUGACAAAAUUAAUACGAAGUCUUCACCGCAAAUCAGGAAUCCUCCUAGUGAUGCUGUACAGAGAGCCAAAGAGGUUUUGGAAGAAAUAUCAUGUUACACAGAAAACAAUGAUGCAAAGGAACUAAAACGUAUUCUAACGCAACCUCAUUUCAUGGCCUUACUACAAACUCAUGAUGUGGUAGCCCAUGAAGUUUACAGUGACGACGCGUUAAGAGUUACGCCACCCCCCACCUCUCCCUACUUAAACGGUGAUUCUCCGGAAAGUGCAAACGGGGAUAUGGAUAUGGAGAACGUUACUAGAGUCCGCUUAGUUCAGUUCCAGAAAAAUACAGAUGAACCAAUGGGUAUAACACUAAAAAUGAAUGAGCUAAAUCAUUGUAUUGUUGCAAGAAUCAUGCAUGGUGGAAUGAUUCACCGGCAAGGAACACUCCACGUGGGGGAUGAAAUCCGAGAAAUAAAUGGAAUCAGUGUAGCAAACCAGACAGUGGAACAGCUCCAAAAGAUGCUGAGAGAAAUGAGGGGCAGCAUCACUUUUAAGAUUGUGCCAAGUUACCGCACACAGUCUUCAUCCUGUGAGAGAGAUUCCCCCUCUACAUCCAGGCAGUCCCCAGCUAAUGGUCAUAGCAGCAUUAACAAUUCUGUUUCGGACAUUCCAUCAACUACCCAAUCAAAAGGAAGACAGAUAUAUGUAAGAGCACAGUUUGAAUAUGAUCCAGCCAAGGAUGACCUCAUUCCAUGUAAAGAAGCUGGCAUCAGAUUUAGAGUUGGAGACAUCAUCCAAAUUAUUAGUAAAGAUGACCAUAACUGGUGGCAGGGCAAACUGGAAAACGCAAAAAAUGGUACUGCUGGCCUCAUUCCUUCUCCUGAGCUUCAAGAGUGGCGAGUUGCCUGCAUAGCAAUGGAAAAAACGAAGCAAGAGCAGCAGGCCAGCUGUACUUGGUUUGGCAAGAAGAAAAAACAGUACAAGGACAAGUACCUGGCAAAGCACAAUGCAGUCUUUGAUCAAUUAGACCUCGUCACUUAUGAAGAAGUAGUGAAACUGCCAGCAUUCAAAAGGAAAACACUAGUCCUAUUAGGUGCACAUGGUGUUGGCAGAAGGCACAUAAAGAAUACUUUAAUUACGAAGCAUCCUGACCGAUUUGCAUAUCCCAUUCCACAUACAACUAGACCUCCAAAGAAAGAUGAAGAAAAUGGGAAAAAUUACUACUUUGUAUCACACGACCAAAUGAUGCAAGAUAUAUCCGGCAAUGAAUACCUGGAGUACGGCAGUCAUGAGGAUGCCAUGUAUGGGACUAAACUGGAAACGAUACGGAAGAUACACGAACAGGGACUUAUUGCAAUACUUGAUGUAGAACCUCAGGCGCUGAAGGUCCUGAGAACAGCUGAGUUUGCUCCGUUUGUCGUCUUCAUUGCUGCACCUACGAUUACCCCAAGCAUCAGUGAGGAUGAAUCCCUUCAACGCUUGCAGAAGGAAUCUGAAAUCCUCCAGAGAACAUAUGCACACUACUUUGAUCUAACGAUUAUCAACAAUGAGAUUGAUGAAACUAUUAGACAUCUGGAGGAAGCCAUUGAACUUGUGUGUACAGCACCACAAUGGGUUCCAGUAUCCUGGGUCUAUUAGAUGACUUUCAAGAUAUCUGUUGGCAUUUUAUUAUUACUUCAAAACCACCUUGUGCAGUACUUGGAGAAACCUUACUUGUUGACAUUAUCAACUGGUCUGGCCCCUAGAGACUACCUAUAUGUAGUGUGACCUAAAUUUAUAAUUAUUGUCAUGUCCUAAUAGAUGGAAAGGAAAAUUAAGGAAACGUCAACACUUGUUUAAAGAGACAGUAUCUUUAACAUUUAACUUCUUAGACUGUAUUAAAAUUACCUUUUUAAAAUAUAUGCAUUAUUCAACCCUUUGGAAUGUUAUAUUUUUGGAAAUCAUUGGAUUUUUUUUUUUGUUUCAAAGGCCUUUGAAAACUGCACAAAUUAAAUGCUGCUUUCUAUAAUCUAUUUUAUUAAUAAAUUCCGAUUGCUACUAUACAUGGGGUUCAACACUACAUACAGUUUAGAAUUUCAGCAAUUGGAUAGUUAAAGGCUCUGUUUAAUUUAUUUACACAAAGAAGCCUUUAUCUAUCGAAAUAGGAGAUUCCACAUGUUCAUAUGGCCUUUUCUUUUGUUCUAGGUUUCUUUUCUUCAAAAUGAAAAAAAUGUUUACUGCAUAGUAGUUUUAUUUGAUACUGUCUCUUUGAAGAAAUCUGUAAACAAUAUAGACUUAUGGAAUCGGAUCUUAAUGCAUGUGGACAGUCCCAAGCGUUUAUAUUAGUGGUGUAUCUGUGUUGAACAAAACUGUAACCUACUUACAGAAACAUACAUUCCGUUCAUGGCAAAUCGAGGGAAUUAAAUACAAUUAUUAAAACCAAGUUGUAAACCUAUGCACAUCCCUUGCAUUUUGGGCAACUUUAUAAAACAAAAGAAGAAUAUUGAAACUGAUUUUUAUUAUUAAUCAUGUAGUGAAACGUGUUUGUAAUUUUGUCUCAGUUUAAUUUGUUGUAAACAGGAAGGGUAACGACAGAUUUUGUCACUUCAGAGAUGUGUCGUCUGAGAGUAUUAACUGUUUAAGUUGAAGCAAAAAAGGGUGUUUUUUGUUUUGGUUUUUUUUGUUACCCGUGUAAUUGUUUGAUAAAGGAAAUAAGCAAAUGCACAAAUUUUAACAGAGUUCUCUGAAAGAAGUUCCGGGAUCUCUUUUAAGUAAAUAUUCCAUAAAUCAUAAAAUAAUCCUGUAAAAUGGAAUUUAACAAUAGACUGACCAUUUUUUGUUUUAAAAACACUUCCUUUUUAUGUGUUCAUCAUUUAUACGCCUUUAGAUCGUUGAUUUAUUUGCAGACUUGUUAAUGUGGCUGGGAUAUUAAUGUCUUAAUUCUGGUUACACCGUGUAUGAUUGUAUAGCUUUUUUUUUUUUUUUUUUUUUUGUCUAGUGUCUUCAUGGUACGUUUUUGGGAAUUUUUUUGUUUUUCUAUUUACCUCUAUACCUUUUUGUUUCCCCAUUUUCAUUGUGACAAUACUUUCAUACCGUUUUAAAGCACAAAGUAUACAUUAAAAUUCAUGAAAAGGCAUUCUUCAGGUGUCUGAGAUUAACAUUACUUAGUAAAUACUGAGUAAUGGGUAAACGUGUGCCCUCUUUUCCUUGGCUAAAAGAAAACAGAGCCACAGCCAGGUAGGCAGCCCACUGUGAACAAUAUCAUGACACCAAAAAAAACUUUCAUUAACCCAACAGUGCUUGCUUUCCCCAAAUAUUAAAUCCGUGCUAAAAUGUUGUUGGGUUUACUUUCAUAUAUAUAUUUUUUUCACCUUUAGUAUGCAUUUGAAAAUUAGUGGCAUCAUUGUACAGUCAUAUAACAUACAAUACUUUUUGCUCAAGGAUUGUUGGUUAGAGCAAGUUGCCUGAAAUAUUGUGGUGAUCAACAAAAAAUGUUAACUAUCGCCUCGAGAGUACAGAUAUGAAUAAAAUCAUUAUAUUUUAUUCUGAGCAUUUUUCUUUCGGUCAUCUUUGUCAUUGUGGUGCUGUUUGUCCUAUAUUUACCCUGCCUUUCGCCAAGCUUGUAGCUUUCUUGCUGAAAGCUGCCUCCAGUUUUUACUGUCUAAAUUUAUUCUGCAGGAUCUCCGAGUUUUUCCGGUAGUUUUUAGUCGGUGGAACGUUACUCCGCUAUUAUGUGAGCACAAACCAUUUAUGAAUCAAAAAAAAUUAUAUUUUUUCACAAUAGCCUGUUCUCGAAAAACUCCCAAGAUAGGAGAGCCAUCAUUUUAUAUCGGUAAUUGGUGCUCUCUAGUUCUAGAAGUACAAUCCCUAGUAAAAAUCAGGAUGAUAUGGACUGUAUUCAAUAACUGAAGCACCAUUAUCUAGCCAUCCUGUUUUAUAUUGAUGUUUAGUGUGUGUAAGUGACUCAUUGAAACUGGAGUCUCACCGUGAUCUCUCAGUAAAUUGCCUUUUUAAAUAACAAUAUAACAUGCAAAUAGAGAAAUGUCUGGAUUAUAGUUUAUUUUUUCAUAUCAGUUACCUUAUCUAAGAUAUCUGCCUCUCCUCCUUAUUAUACAAUUGUUUUGGACGGAGAUGUUACUGGUGCUAGGGGAACCUAAUUAUUACAUGCUGUUGACAAGUAGAUUUCUUAUUUCAAAGGACAAUGUCAAAUGUAUUUUCUUCCUAACCUAUGUCUAAUUUAACAGAUUGAAUAUCUUGCCAAGAAGAUGUUUGUUUCCAGUGCCUGUUAACCAUCAUAUAGCAUAACUGUUUAGUAUGUGUAAAUUAUUUAAAAUGUGCAAUCAUAUAUUCGUCUUACAUUUCCAUUGAGAAUUGCUAGUUAUGUACAUACAUUUAAUCACAUUGAAAAUAAUUUCUUUGUAUUAAUCCCUGUCCAGACAAAGGGCUACAUCUGAAACACCUGUGCUAAAACGGUUUCUUAACUGUCGUAAAAAGUGAGCCAUCGAGUGUGAUUUGCUAGUUAGCGCUUCUUAUUGCCACUAUUAUAACAUUUUGUUUUUGCAUAAGCUCUGAAGCUGGAUGGGAUUAAUACAUUAAUGAUACAAACAACCAUCUGUGAAAGUACGUACAUUGGACUAGAAUUUUUUUUUUAACCUGGAAUAGAAGUGUAAACUGUACAUUAAUUCCUGAACAGAGAAAGCAGAUACUGUCACUUUGUAAGAUUGGUUAAUCAAAAUUAAAGCCAGGUGGAAGACUUUUGUAAAA